GCGCGGCCCGGGGCGGGAAUCCGCCGACAUCCGCGCCUGUGGGAGGGUCCGGGCACUGUCGGCCGCAGGGUCCACUCAGGGGCCGUCUCUUGUCUCUCUAGCAAAUGGCGGAUGACGCCGGUGCUGCGGGAGGGCCCGGAGGCCCGGGGGGCCCCGGCAUGGGAAAUCGCGGCGGUUUCCGCGGAGGUUUCGGCAGCGGCCUGCGGGGGCGUGGCCGCGGCCGUGGACGUGGUCGCGGGCGCGGCCGCGGGGCCCGUGGAGGAAAGGCCGAGGACAAGGAGUGGAUCCCCGUCACCAAGCUGGGCCGCCUAGUCAAGGACAUGAAGAUCAAGUCGCUGGAGGAGAUAUAUCUCUUCUCGCUGCCCAUCAAGGAGUCGGAGAUCAUCGACUUCUUCCUGGGCCCGGCGCUCAAAGACGAGGUGUUGAAGAUCAUGCCGGUGCAGAAGCAGACGCGCGCCGGCCAGCGCACUCGCUUUAAGGCCUUCGUCGCCAUCGGGGACUAUAACGGACACGUGGGUCUGGGGGUGAAGUGCUCCAAGGAGGUGGCCACUGCCAUUCGGGGGGCCAUCAUCCUGGCCAAGCUCUCCAUCGUGCCCGUGCGGCGAGGCUACUGGGGGAACAAGAUUGGCAAACCCCACACCGUCCCUUGCAAGGUGACAGGCCGCUGUGGGUCAGUGCUGGUGCGCCUCAUCCCUGCGCCCAGGGGCACUGGCAUCGUGUCCGCCCCAGUGCCCAAGAAGUUGCUGAUGAUGGCUGGGAUUGACGACUGCUACACCUCAGCCAGGGGCUGCACUGCCACCCUGGGCAACUUUGCCAAGGCCACGUUUGAUGCCAUCUCCAAGACCUACAGCUAUCUGACUCCAGACCUCUGGAAGGAGACCGUAUUCACCAAGUCCCCGUAUCAGGAAUUCACGGACCACCUGGUGAAGACCCAUACCAGAGUCUCUGUGCAGAGGACCCAGGCUCCAGCAGUGGCCACCACAUAAGCUUUUAAAUAAAGCCAAAUUGACAAAGUUGA